AAGAGAAAUUCUCCAAAUAUUCGCAUUUUGUCUUCGAAGCUUUGAGAGGCUACACUGUUAUGUGAGUGGCAUAAGGAUAUAAGAAAAUUAGAAAAUAUGAAAAUUAACGUACUAAGCAGUAUUAUUUUUAUUUUAUUGGCGAACGACUCACGCGCAGAUGAGCAGACGAAACAAAACAGUUUAAUUACCACUUACGAUCCCGGGGCGUCUUCAGCUGUUGGUCCUAAUUAUGGACAAAUUAGCCGAAAUGAUAAACCACCGGACCGGCCUAUUAAAUUUCAAGACAAUGUUAAACAAGAAAAACAAAUUGAUAUAUCGUUAGAUAAUGAAGAAGAUUUCAAUAAUAAUAAUCGCAUUUCUAAUAACGAAAGAGAUGAUAGUGAAAACGCAGGUAAAAAGAUCAAAUUUGAGGAACAUGAUGAUAUUAACGAUGAUAUUGAUGAUGAUGAUCAAGAAGAUGAUUAUACUCCAAAGGGCAGAGGUAAAAUAGUAUUUGAAGAUGGCAAAACUGAAGAUGAUUUUCCAUACGCUGAUGAUUCUGAAACAGAAGAAGAAACAGUUGGUAAACCGAUUAGAUUCGAAGAUCAAGGACCUAACAUCAAUACUAAAAACCAAGAAAUUGUCACUGAACGAGUAGUUUUCAUAGAUGAUAAUAACCAAAAGCAAGAACCAGUUCGAAAUAGAAUUAGAAAACCCAGAAAACUUCGUUUUCAAAGUAAACAACCCAAUCAAGGUUUAACUGGUACAAAUCCUUAUCCUGGUUCAGGCUACCCAGGGUAUCCAGGAGUAGGAUAUCCCGGUUCUGGCUACCCAGUCCCAGGUGACCCAAAUUCAGGAUAUCCAGGUUACCCCAUACCUGCUUACCCAACACCGGGCUAUCCUUAUCCUGGGUACCCAACUCCUUAUCCAGGUGCAAGUAAUCCUGAUUCUAGAUAUCCUAUUCCACAAUAUUCUAAUCCUGGGUCACCAAUAGGGCCGUCACAAAAUGGACAACUAGGAUUCCCAAAUCCUACUCCAGAUAAUCCUUACUACCAGGGUUAUCCAGUUCCUGGGUAUGCUCCAGGUUAUCCAGGCUAUCUUAGCUCACAACACGCUGGCCACAGACCAGGAUAUGGAUAUCUUGGAGUUAACCAGCCGGGGUAUCAAAAUGGAAUUGGAAGGCCGUCUCGUCGUCCGAAGUCGUUGACCCAGCGUGCAGUGUCAGCAGUAGCCGAAGCCUUGACCUCGAUAGCACUGUAUGAUGACCAGCAGUGCGUGCCCAAGAUACUCUGUGAAGUGGCUGGAGGCAGCAAGGCGGUGUCAUCACCAACACUCCUCAAGGCGACUGAGAGUUUGCAGCCUUUGUUAACGUUGCUUGCUGCAUAUAAUGGAUUAAGUUCAUCUCCACUCUUCUUAUUUGGACGUGCUGCUGUAACAGGAAUGGCUGCUAACGGCGAUCCAUCAGUUUGCCGCCGCACCUAUCCACAAUGUCCAAAUGAUCCAGAAAAACUUGUCCACUACCUCAACAACCACAAUGGAGGCUUCUUCAGAUUCUUCGGGCAACCAGAACAGUCCCAGCAACCACAGAAUUUGGAACAGUUCUAUAAUUACCUAUCUGGCCAGUAUGGUUUACACCAACAACCUCAACAACAGCAAAAUUACGGGCUUCUAAGACCUUAUGGUCAAGGUUAUGGAUACCUUAAUCAAAGCCCUUACAUUAAUCCCCAAAACUAUGCUCAAAAUUACUAUCAACAAAAUAGAUACAGGAAUGGAAAUGAAGAAACUGCGGAAAGUGAAAUACAGGAGCGAAUACAAAAUAAACCAGUAAUAAAUAACUUAGAAGAUGAGAAUGACUAUGGUAUUAACGCUUAUCAAGAUAAUGGUUCCAAAUGGUCUUUCCCUGAAGAUGGUUAUACAAGAAAGGGUUAUAAAAGAGACCAGUUCAGGAUACACAAAGAAGUCGAAAGACCUACAAGAGGAAAUAAAAUACUAAAAUUCCCUGACGACAGAUCAGAUUAUUAUAAAAGAGAAAUAUUCAGAAUAAAACAAUUUCCACGAACAGAAAACCAAGUUUAUUACCCUGGACAUUAUUAUAAUUAUCAAUUGUAUCCCAACUACCAAACUACUACGCCGGUUAAUUUAGAAGAAUAUGUGUUUGAUCAUAAACAUAAUUUCUAUGUGAAAAGACCUAAAGCUGUGAAGGUUGAAGAUGUUAAUGUUGUGUAUGUGGUGAGAGGGAACGGGGAUCCUAAUCAUCCAGAAGUUGUCAGGAUAAGACCUGGCCAGAGUAUUACAAAAUGACCAUAAAAUAAUUAUGGUUAAGUAUUGAUUAAUGUUGAUAAACAAAUGUUUAAUGUUUUCGUUAAUAACAGUGACCUGUGUUUGUAUCAUUUGGAUAGAAUAAGAAUUAAUUUAAUUACAAUAAUUUAUUGUUUUU